AUGUUGUUUCAUACAAUUCUGCUCAACAUAUUCAUAGCUCAUCUGUUCACUGAAACUCGAGGAGAAGAUAAAAUAGAACCAAAGCAUACUUCACUUUCCGAUCGACUUGGUCUUUAUUCUCUUUAUUCGAUGAUCCCGUUGACUUCUGAAUUCGAUCAAUAUGUUGACUAUCAGCUGAUAUUCCAUUUCACAAACAUGUCAGAAUCAGAACUGUAUAAGGGAAAAAUAAUGGAGAUUGAUUCAUUGGGAUGGUUGAAUGGAAAACAGACAAUUCAUCACAAGUUACCGUAUUUCAUUGCAAAUCCCUCGCUGCGGGUUCCUCAUAUUUCGAAGGAAUGGUGUGAUUCGAAAGAUUUCUUCAAUCUUGGAUUUCGGAUUCAUCAGGUGAAAUGUGCCACUUGUCAUCCAAUAAUCGAAGGACUCAACAAUAUUUAUUAUCUUUUCCCUGAACGAGAUUUCACUCAAAUGCUCACAAAACUAUCUAUUGGAACACGAAUGUUGGACAACCAUCUGGAUUACUGUAAUCUCAAGGAUUGUGAACAGAAUCCGCGUGUCGCUGACUUUCAGAAAUAUCUGAUUUCGAAUGAUUUAGAUUUUGGAAAAUGGACGAGAUGGAGUGGUGAGCACGCGACGAAUGAAGAGAAUAGAGAGAUUAUGGGGACUCCUAAUGGGGAAUUGGCGAUUCACUCUCGGUCGUCCGAUGGAUUUACCACAAUGUGUGGAAUGGAAUUGAAUGGAAAUGUGGUCAGCAGUAAUAUAUUUGUGAAUGGAGAUGUCGUUGGUCCAGAUAAUGGUGGAUUAUUCACCUAUCAAAACUAUGAGUCACUAGUAAUUACUGUAAACUCAACCAAGGAUAAUAAUCUGAAUCUGGAACUUUUUGUAUCAUGGGAUAACUGGGGUUGUUGUUCGGCAUGUUGCUGUCCUGCGGCUAUUUGUGGUCACGAAUUUCAGACGACGUCUUCUGAAUGUGAAAAUCUCUUCUCCUCUCGUGCGCGAACCGGACAUCUUUCAGUCAGAAUGAUAAAUCGAGAAACGACAAAUUCAAAAGAUCAAUCUCUACUGGAACUUCACAAACUACUGUCGAUUCCACCGUAUACCUAUCGUGGAAUUCCAGUAUUCUCUUCACUUUUAAAGAAACCAAUUCUGAAAUUUUCGACGGAUAAAAUCAAGGAAAUCAUGAUACCAAAAUUUGUGGAAGAUAAUAAGAAUAAAAGGUACGAAUUCUCAUCCGGAAUGUUUGUCGAAUCGGAAUCGUGUAAAUCAAACAUUCAAAAAACGGACUGUCUGGAAUGGGCACGCUGUCAUAACAUCUCUUUGGCUGAAUCUGACGUGGAGUCAUCUGAAAACGUCGCCGACGCAUGUCAACUAGUUCAUUUUGUGGAUGUUCUUGUAGGAACUGAACAUAUGAAAGUGACAGUCGGAGAGCAUCAAAACUUACGAAUUCGAAUGGACAGUGAGGCGAAAUGGAGAGUGAAUCUUCGGAAACCGAAGAAAUAUGAUAAACGUCGACCAUGUCUUCUUCAAGGAGUCGUUCAACGUGACGAUGAGAUUUUAAUUCUGAACUUCGCGGCUUUCGAUUUGAAAAUUGACUUGAUUCUUGGUGAUGAAAAGGUUCGGAUUACCUUCGUCAACGCGAGAGCCUUCGAAAAUGAUCGAGUUGUCAAGUAUAGUAUUUUCUACUGGGCCCUCGCUAUAGUUGCAUUCUUUUUACUCCUCAUCGCCGCCGUCAUUUUCAUGCACCGGGAAAAAACAAGACGUCUAGAAAGAGUGAUCAAAUCAGUGACAGAAUGA